CCAGUCAUCAGUGCCACAACUGCUAAAAUGGAGGUGGUUUCAGCAGAAGUCAACAGCUUGCUCCCCGAGGAAAUAAUGGACACCGGUAUAACUCUGGUAGAAGAUGACAGCAUUGAGGCGGUUAUUGUGUCGUCGCCAAUGGGAGAUUCUAUUCCCAUGGAAACAGAACUGGAAGAAAUAGUGAACAUAAGCUCCACCAGCGACUCCUCAGCUACGACUAUGACUGCAGCCACCACAGAAUCAGUUACUGUACCCAGCAAUCACUCAGGCGACACAACAGUGAACACCACAACUCCAAAAACUGUAAAGCCUACCUUUCCAAGUGGCCUCCAUAAACUUGGUGCUCAGACACCCGUCACUAUAUCAGCCAAUCAAAUUAUUCUGAACAAGACUGCCGAUAUUAAAAUAGGCAAUCAGAGUAUUAAACCAGAUGGGCAAAAGCUAAUUGUAACAACUUUGGGCAAGUCUGGCCAACCUAUUGUUUUAGCAUUACCCCACAGCCAACUCCCGCAGGCGCAGAAGGCCAUCUCCCAAGCCCAAGGUGGAGACUCCAAGGUACAAGGCCAGCAGAUCAAAGUUGUUAUUGGAGGUCGGUCAGAAGUGAAACCUGUUGUUGGUGUCUCAGCUUUGACGCAAGGAAGUCAGCUGAUAAACACUGCGGCCCAGCCUUCUGUUUUGCAGACCCAGCAAUUAAAAACAGUACAGAUUGCGAAGAAGACUCGAACCCCAACUUCUGGCCCAGUCAUCACCAAGCUGAUCUUUGCAAAACCAAUCAAUAGCAAAGCUGUAACAGGGCAGACCACUCAAGUGUCACCAGUCAUUGCAGGUAGGGUUCUUUCACAGUCUGCUCCAGGAACACCACCAAAGACAAUAACAAUCUCUGAAAGUGGAGUCAUUGGAUCAGCAUUGAAUACAACAACACAACAGACACCAAAUAAAAUAGCUAUCUCACCACUCAAAUCCCCUAAUAAGCUAACAGUGGUGUCAGUGGCCUCCCAGCCUCCCAGCUCCCCCCAGAAGACUGUGGGUGUCCCACUGAAUGUAGCGUUAGGACAGCAGAUCCUCACAGUGCAGCAGUCAGCACCCUCAUCCCCUGGGAAGGCUAUAGUCAACAACACAACCACCCAGGCUAUGAAAUCAGCAGUGCAGACCAUUACUGUAGGAGGAGUGGGUACAUCUCAAUUUAAGACAAUUAUUCCCUUGGCAACUGCACCCAAUGUUCAGCAGAUUCAGGUACCUGGAAGCAAGUUCCAUUAUGUCAGACUCGUUACUGCCACAACAGCUAAUAGUUCAACCCAAUCGGCCAGUCAAAAUCCAAGUACGAAUACACAGCCUCUUCAACAGGCAAAGCCAGUGGUGGUGAAUGCAACCCCAGUGCGCAUGUCUGUUCCCAUAGUGCCAGCACAGACUGUGAAACAGGUGGUGCCCAAACCAAUCAACCCAACUUCCCAGAUAGUUACUACUAGUCAGCCCCAACAAAGACUUAUUAUGCCAGCCACUCCACUGCCACAGAUACAGCCCAACCUCACCAACCUCCCACCAGGCACUGUACUGGCACCAGCACCUGGCACAGGAAAUGUUGGAUAUGCAGUCCUUCCAGCUCAGUAUGUCACACAGCUACAACAAUCAUCGUAUGUAUCUAUAGCAAGCAACACGGGCUUUACAGGGACAUCUAGUAUCCAGUCCCAAGCACGGCUGCCAUUCAAUGGAAUAAUUCCUUCUGAAUCUGCAAACCGUCCCAGGAAGCCUUGCAAUUGUACUAAGUCUCUAUGUUUGAAAUUGUAUUGUGAUUGUUUUGCAAACGGUGAAUUCUGCAAUAAUUGCAACUGUACAAACUGUUACAACAACCUGGACCAUGAAAAUGAUAGGCAAAAAGCAAUAAAGGCCUGCCUUGACAGAAACCCUGAAGCCUUCAAGCCCAAAAUAGGGAAGGGAAAGGAAGGAGAAUCGGAUCGGAGGCACAGCAAAGGGUGUAACUGUAAACGCUCGGGAUGUCUCAAAAACUACUGCGAAUGUUAUGAGGCAAAAAUCAUGUGUUCUUCCAUAUGCAAAUGCAUUGGCUGUAAAAAUUUUGAAGAAAGCCCAGAGCGAAAGACAUUGAUGCAUUUAGCAGAUGCUGCAGAAGUUAGGGUCCAGCAGCAGACGGCUGCAAAGACCAAGUUAUCUUCCCAGAUCUCAGAUCUGCUGACAAGGCCAACACCAGCACUCAGCAGUGGUGGUGGGAAGCUGCCCUUUACGUUUGUAACCAAGGAGGUAGCUGAUGCAACCUGCGAAUGCCUUCUCGCACAGGCAGAGCAAGCGGAGAAGAUGGGCAAGUCAAAAGCUGCAGCAGAGCGCAUGAUACUGGAGGAGUUUGGACGCUGUUUGAUGAGAGUGAUUAACUCUGCAGGGAAGUCCAGAAGUGACCCUUGUGCCAUGAACUGCUGAGUCAUGCACAUGAGCCACAACAAAGCAGACUGAACAGAACACUUAAGGCACAGGGACACUUUGGUUUGGCAUAGAGGAUUUAAUAAUAUUUGUUAAUUUGGUGCUUGUUGUAAAUUGACCUGCAUAAGACUGAAACAAGAAAAUCUUUUAUAACAAGA